AUGUCACCUGAGAUCAAACUACCACGUUGUGGAAGGUUUAUUACUACCCACAAUGCAAAUGGCAGCAGUGUCCAUCGGGAGCAGAAGCUACUGCCGUACUUCAAUGUUGCUCGAGUAGGCCAAAUGGCUCGGUCGUACUCGGUACAGGGUGUACCCGUGGUACUCGAAGGUGAUGCCGAUGUGACGGCUUUUGAGGAUGGCGAUGGAGAUUGUAGUCAAAACCGUCAGGAAAUUGUUGUUCCUAAAGGGGUGAACCUGAACGUUCUUGAUCUGCAGCCGGGAGGAGUAACCGACUUUCACCAAACCGUGUCGAUUGACUUCUCAGUAUGCACGAUUGGAUCAAUCGAUCACGAAUUGGACAGUGGCAAUGUUGUGUUAUCGUGGGCUUCGCUGGCGCUCUUCUUCUACGAUAUGAGACGAGUUUUACGCUCUGGUCUGAUCCUAAUGAACUCGAACGAGCUGAGUGAGACGUGCUCUAAGGUUCUCAAGACCGAUAGCCGGUGCGAUAUGACAACCAGAAUACAAAUAUUCGGAACGCUAUCAUCUUCAAGCAAUCUUGUUCUUGACGUGCUAGCGCUGAUUAUGUCGACCCGAAAGAAAAAGAAGUAG